AUGAGUUUUGAAGCUUAUAAAAAGGUAGUUUCUGAAAAAGCUAUCUCAGCUCUUAGUGAUUACAUUUAUAAAUUACAUAAAAUAUUCCAAACUGAAACCGAAAAAAAAGAAAAAGUUAUUUCAGCUCUUAGUGAUGAUAUAUAUAGAACACUUGAAACUGAAAUUAAAAAAAUAGAAACUGAUAUAUUAACUCUUGACGAAACUUUCAAAACCGAUGCUAAUAAAGCCGAAAAAGAUAUAUCGAUUUUUGAGGAUGACGUUAGUAAAAUGCGUGAAGCUUCUCAAAACGAAAUUCAAAAAAUCAAAAAAGAAAUAAAAAACGAAAUCAAGCAAACACUUGAAACUUUCCAAAUUAAAAUUAAACCAAUUAAAAAACACAUAUCGAUUAAUAUUAAUCAAAUACGCGAAACUUUUCAAACGGAAACUAAAAAAGGCGAAAAAGAUAUAUCGGCUCUUAAAAAUGACAGUCAAAUAUGUAAAUCUGGACAAGAACAUUUUUCUCAAGGUUCAAAUCUGCCUUCAACGACAAAUCGUAUAAGCGCAUUACAAAAUUCAGGCUAUUCUGAUACAGAAACGCUUCGAAAUGACUUUAUUGCUCUUGUUGACCAAAGAAGCAAAAAUGAAAAAGGAGGAUACUUCACUCUAAUGCUUCAUACUUUAACCGAAGAGAUUAGUCUAAGCUAUUCCUGUAUGUAUACAUAUUAUAAUGGUACAACAAAGAAUCCAAGAAAAACUACACUAGAUGAACUUAGGAAAUGGGUUAAUAACGAAAAACAAAAAAAUAAUAAUUUAAGCGUUUUUAUCCCCAUUAAUUUUGAAUGA